AUGGCUUUACCUACACAGGCCUUGGUUCUCUCACUAGUGCUGGCUUUGAUCGUGGCCACGUCCUACGCCCAGAACUCACCGCGAGACUAUCUCAGGGUUCACAACAGGGCGCGGGACGACGUCGGGGUUGGUCCCCUGAGAUGGGACUCAGACCUAGCCGAUCACGCAGAAGACCAUGCCGACAAGCUCAAGGCACGGUGCAGGCUCGUUCCCUCCCGUGGCCCUUACGGCGAGAACCUUGCAUGGAGCCGCGGUGACCUGACGGCGGCCAGGGCGGUGAACAGUUGGGUGGCGGAGAAGCGGAACUACGACUACGAUUCGAACUCUUGCAAGGGUGGACGACCGUGCCGGCACUAUACUCAGGUGGUUUGGAAGAAAUCGAUUUGGCUCGGUUGCGCCAAGGUUCGGUGCGACAAUGGCCUGGGCACCAUCAUUGUCUGCUUCUAUAACCCUAAAGGGAACAGCAAAGGCGAACGUCCUUAUGAUAACUUUGCUGUUUCAAGUGCUCUUGAGCUUUGGGAAUAGUGGAGGAAAUAUAUGAGAACCAAAAGGGUGGUGGAUUAAUGGAAUAAAUUUAAGGUUUUCGAGUCUACGUAUGUGUUUCUGUUGUAAUAUAAUGUUGUAUUAUGGGUUGUUAUUUUGUAUUUGGGUUUUAAAUUCCUAGGCAUCGUGCAAAGGAACAAAUAAUCUCUGCUAUACAUAGCAGAUGUUUGUGUAAAAGCUUGGCUGUACAAGUGAAUAUU